AUGGCAUCGCAAUUCACCUCGACGCUACUUGUUACCGACCUUGAGAUUACACGUAUCAGUUCGUUUAACCAAACGAUCAACAAUAGCUUCAAUUUUCAUCAAAGCACGUAUGAUAUUCUCGGGGUGCUUAAUUCCAAAGUCAGAAACUACUGGGAAAGGAGACCAGAUAUAUCUGAGACAUUUGCUGAGUAUUCCGAAAGUGGCAUGUCGGUGGAGGGCGUUGAUGAUACCGGUCCGACGAUUAGGGCGCUGAUUCCGCUCGCUUUGCAAUCUGAAAGAGAGGAAUUACGGACCUUUGAGGGUAUAUCUCGGGUCAUCGAUGUUCGCGUCUUGUGCAUACGACCGGAGCCUAUAAUUGACCUUCGGUUCUGUCACUCCGAGGUCGAAUUUGAACCGAUAUACCGAUAUCAGAUAUGUGGUAAUGCGACGGCAAGAGUCUCCAAUUUACCAGUGCGCAACAUUGAGACUCGCGGCAGCAAUGGGAUCAUCACGACGAAUUUUACGUGUCCUCUCUCUGGCUAUAAUGACAACGAUAAUAGUUGGAUGUUGUGUUCAGUUCCUGGAAACAUUGCCUCAAAUCUCACAAUCGACACAACACGCUCCACCAACAUGGGCGGCAUCUCUGGAGCUUCUUGGCUGAUAUUCAACGAACGUCCAUUUAAAGGAAAGGGAGUUUUCGACCCAUACAUCGAGGAUGAGCGAUUGGCAUUUUUGAACGCCACGCAAUCCGGUCCAUGGCUGCGCCAGUGGAGCCGGCUUUCAAGGAAAAGCCUUCUCGACGGGACAAAUGUUACCAUGGAUUACCCUUUGGAUAUGGCUUGGUGCUUUGCUCCGGGAGGUGAUACAACACAAAUUGGAACCUACCUAUCCUAUACAUGGGAUGCCAAUUCAAGUUCCUAUGACACAUCUGCAAUUAGGAACCAACUCGGUGUCACUAGUCUCAAGGAACGAUUAACAAAUUCUAACCGAGGAAUACUUACGAUAUCUCCGCAGGAUAUGAAAAAGUCCCUUGCUGAGGCUCGAGAAAAGGCACGCGGGCCUCCUUAUCAAGACGGUGACGAUUAUUAUGGCUGGAUGGAUUUUAUUUUCCCAGAUACAACCAAUCUGGCUCUCUGUCCGACUUGUCAAGCUGAUGAUAAAUUCCAAGUCGUUAACAGUGCUUCAACGAGCCUCUUUGCCGAAACCAUCAAGGACACCAACUCACCAGCUCUUGCGCUACAAGGUUUACUGACGAGCGUCAUGCGCAUGGUAUACUACGACUACAAUACUUUCUUCCCUUCCACAGACAAAGCAACAGUGACUCGUUUCGUAUAUGUCCAGGCACCACAAUCUACACGGGGAUACAUGACUGUAAUGGCAACCAUAGCCAUCAAUGUACUUAUCUUUCUUGUACUUUACUUUUGGCACCGCGGCACCCGGUUCAGCUUUAUUGGCAACGUGUGGCAAAGUAUCGCGCAAGUUUCCGAGAGCAGAGAGACCCAGCAAAUCCUCCGUAACGCACUAUUUCUGGAGGACAAAGACCUCAAAGAAUGUUCCGGAAGAGAAAAGAUCCCCGAAGGGGUUAUCCUGAAAACAAGGUACUACUCCAAGAAGACUCGUGAUGUUGUCUUCGACUUUUUUAAGGGCUGGGAAAGUUUUGAGAGGAGGUCUGAUAAGACACGGAGAUUCGUUGUUGAUAAUGGCAUUGUCAAAAGGGUCAAGGAAGAACACGAGGGCAGUAUCUGAAGGAGAUACCUGUAAUCUUAACAUAGAAUUCUCAAAGGAUAAUCCUAUAUGAGCUGCAAUAAGAUGUUGGGGGAGCGUGACCUCUUGACCAAAA